AUGCGCAGACUUUCACUCCUGCUCAAUGUGUCGGUGCUUGUUGUACGCUUCCGGAACGCGAUUAUAAACUCUUAUAUUGACUUGCGUUUUAUUUGGCUUUUAUAUAAAAAAUAAAUAACUAAAUAAGAAACGAACCCCAUCUGCACGAACCGGAUCCGCUCUACCGUUGCAAGGGGCGUUAUAACGCGUUAUAAACAGCGUUGGUGUAUAAACAGGGUCAGUGAUGGAGGAGCUGUUAAAGAGAGAGCUGAGCUGCAGCACAGUGAAAGCUGUGGGGUCAUCAGGAGGAGGUUGUAUCAGUGAGGGUCAGAGCUACAGCACAGACUCCUGUACUGUGUUCACUAAAAUCAACCACAAAUCACAGGCCAGAAGCAUGUUCGACGGAGAGAAGGCCAGUCUGGAGGCCAUCCUGUCCACCAACACGAUCCGGGUGCCCAAGCCAUGGAAGGUGGUGGAUAUGGAAGCAGGAGGAGCCGUGUUCAUCAUGGAGCACAUCGACAUGAAAUCCUUAAACAGGUACGCGGGUAAGUUGGGCGAGCAGCUGGCGGAUCUGCACCUCCACAAUAAACGACAGAAAGACAAACAGAAGAAGGAGGAACAGACUGUUGGAAAAGGAACCAGCCAGGCCGAAGUUCCGGUUAUUGAAAAAUUCGGUUUCCACGUCAAAACCUGUUGUGGCUACAUCGCUCUGGUGAACGACUGGCAGGACGACUGGGUUUCCUUUUACGCCCAGCAAAGACUUCAGUACCAGGUGGGAUUAGUGGAGCAGUCGUAUGGAGACCGAGAGGCCAGGGAAUUAUGGGCCAGCCUCCAGCUAAAGAUCCCGAAGCUGUUCGAAGGCGUGGAGGUGGAACCGGCGCUGCUUCACGGCGACCUGUGGAGCGGCAACGUAGCCGAGUACUCCGACGGCCCACUCAUCUUCGACCCGGCCUCGUUUUACGGCCACACCGAGUUCGAGCUGGGGAUCAGUGGCAUGUUCGGCGGCUUCGGGAAACGCUUCUACGACGCCUACUACGAGAACAUCCCCAAAGCACCCGGGUUCGAAAAGCGACAUCAGCUGUACCAGCUGUUCCACUACCUGAACCACUGGAAUCACUUCGGGACCGGAUACAGAGGCUCGUCACUACGCAUCAUGAAGGAGCUUUCAAAGUAGAAAUGGUUGUUCUGAUCGCUGAACGUUUUUUUCCCUCUACUCAUAGUGGGUUGAAUAAAUAGAUAAAUAUACAUAUGCUGCUACAGGAAAAUAAUUAACAGCAUAGAGAUGUUUCGAAACGCGCUCACUGUUAACGCCUGCGAGCUUCUCUGACGCCGAUUUAUUCCUCUUAUACCACACCGACUUCCUGACAAUUUCCACAUUUUAUUUAUUAAAAAAAAAAUUACACAAAGCUUUUAUAAAAUCGUAUUUUAUACCGAGUACGUAAAUCAUUUGUCGUUCACAUCCCUGCUAUUGAGUUGUUGCUAUGGAGAUGCUAACACGUCAGAGCAAGCGCAUUAACACAGUAUAAACACGUGAUUUUCAGCUGCACUUCUGUAUUCAAUAAAAAUAAAUCAGGAAGAGGAUAAGUUUAUUGGCCAAGUGUGUUGACACACAAGGAAUUUGGUUCCAGCUGUUUGUGACUCUCAAAGGUACAGACAUAAUUAACACUAUACAAGAUAAUACAGACUAAAUUCAACACCUCCUCCUGAACAUUCCACAGCUCAACAGCGCCGUGCUGGUUAUUCACACUGGACGUCACAUUGAUGUUUCCUCUUACUGUUAAUUAACAGCACGUGUUGAAUUGCAUUCCCGCCUCCGCCUUGUGUGUGUGGAGUUUGCAUGUUCUCCCCGUGCCUCGGGGGUUUCCUCCGGGUACUCCGGUUUCCUCCCCCGGUCCAAAGACAUGCAUGGUAGGUUGAUUGGCAUCUCUGGGAAAUUGUCCGUAGUGUGUGAGUGAAUGAGAGAGUGUGUGUGUGCCCUGUGAUGGGUUGGCACUCCGUCCAGGGUGUAUCGAUGCCCAAAGACGCCCGAGAUAGGCACAGGCUCCCCGUGACCCAAGAAGUUUGGAUAAAGUGGUAGAAAAUGAAUGAAUGAAUGAAUGUUGAAUUGCAUUAAUCAACACAAUAACAAUAAAAGCUUGACUUCUUGACUUGAUUUAUCAGAGGUUUCACUUCUUGCUCGUUAAACAGCAUCUUCUAGUCUUAAAGUGCAUCUUAUGACAAAUGUACAUAAAGCAAAUAAAGUCUGAACUUAAUAAAUAAAUAUUUAAAAUGUCUCCUUGUCGGUACUA